AUGCCAUUGCGAAUGGGAAAUUUCCCGCUUUUGGAUUGCGAUUCGGGGGACCUCUAUGCCUACUCGGCUCAGCGAUGGAUCUGGAACGAAGCACAGCAGCUACGAAGCAGAUACGUUUCAUUUGACCUACAUACGCUCAUUCAGAUCGCAGAGGAAGCCGGCGGGGAUAAUGCAGUUUGCGUCAACGUCUCGAAGCUACCAGAAGGGAACUUCAACAAGGCGUUUCUUGUUACUAUGCGGGAUGGACUGGAGUUAGUCGUCAAGAUCCCAAACCCGAACGCAGGACCUAGUCACUAUACGACAGCGUCAGAAGUGGCGACAAUGCAAUAUGCAAGGGAAAAUCUUCAACUUCCUGUCCCUAGAGUUCUUUCUUACUGUUCCCGUGCUCUGGAGAGUAAGCUAGGCUUGGAGUAUAUUAUCAUGGAGAAGGCUCAGGGUAUUGAGCUCAGCCACAUAUGGGAAAGUCUUAAGCCGCGUGACAAACUAUCUAUCGUGAGGCAAAUUGGCUCCAUAACUUCCAUGCUCUCUAAGGCAAGGUUUCCAUUCCACGGUUCAUUAUACCUUCGCGAGGAUAUCUCUAAGUCCGAAAGCAUCAAAAUUGAUGAUACCUUCGUAAUUGGAUUGAUAAUAGGGAGAGCUUGGUUUGAUGAUAGAAGAGGUGAGGUUGAUGUUCAAAGAGGCCCCUGGACGAGUACGAACUUCACCAUAAAUGCAAUCAUUCAGCGAGAGCUAUCCUGUAUAAACAAAUUUUCAGGAUCUCCUCGCGCUUGUCAACAAGGCAUUUUCAAUGGACCUGGUGGUUACCAUCCCACAAAAGAUGAAGGACUCAAUGCGGGCAUAAUCUGGCAUAAUGAUCUACACACGGGCAACAUCUUCGUUGAUAAAGACAAUCCUACAAAAAUAACUAGUAUUAUUGACUGGCAAGCCAUCCCUAUUUACCCGAUCUUUCUUAUCGCCCAUCAUCCUUCUCUUAUAGAGUAUGAUGGUCCAAAGCCAGAACGGUUUAUUCAGCCUCGCUUGCCAGAGAAUAUCGAAAAGCUUAAUUCUCAGGAUCAAAAAGUUGCUAGGGAGCUAUUUCUUGCACAGACAUUCUGGCUUUACUACGAGACACAAGUCUAUAAGGAAGCUCCGGACUUGCUUCAAGCGUUUAAAUAUCGGGAAACCUUGCAAUCUGAGCUAUUAAGCCUAGUGGGGUCAAUAUUUGACGAUGGAGAGCCACAUGUCCAAAAGCUUCUUGCGAAUGUUGCUAGAGAUAACAUCUGGAAACAGCUAGUUGGGGAGGAUAAUCAUGGCAAACCAAGUGUCCCAUGCCCCCUGAACUAUACAGAACGUGACUUGGUUAAACAGAGUAAGGAGUACGCCAAAUGGGAGAAAGACAUCGAGAGAAAAACGCGAGUGAUUGAUGAAUUAGGAGUGUAUACAGGCUGGAAUGGAGCUGUAUCUCCCGGUGACUAUGAAGAAGUUGUUAGAAGACUUACUCUUUCCAAAAAGAGGUUUUUAGACCGGGAAUCGAGAACUCCGGAAGAACUGGUGUUGUGGGAGAAGGCAUGGCCUUUCGAGGCUAAACCCGGGAGGUCGAGACAAUGUGAUCUUUCCCAAGGCUCAUUCAUGGUACGGGAGGUGGCCUUGAUCUGUCGGAGACGAUAUCUGAGGGAUAUUUAUAGUCUACCUGUCCGUCUCGAAAGGAACCGCAAUACCAAAAUCCUUAGCCCUUUAUCGAGAGCGAGAUUCACGAUUUACCCUUCAGCCCUCGUACCCUAUGACUUUGCAAGGUAUGUCGCGCUAUUUGAACAUUCCAAAUCAUCGCCAAGUACGCAGCUCUCAACGAGACUCUCGCCCAUUUCUAUACCACGGUUUGCACUUCGACGCCUUCAGAAGAACGUUCCUCUUCUCAACCCCAAGCUUUCACGUCUCUACUGGUGGUCUGAUUUUCUCAUCAUCUUGCGACUAGCUCUAGCUGUUUCACGUGAGCAAGCGGCAAGUCACUCGUCGCGCCUUUACUCCGAGCCGCCUUCUAUUGAUCCUUCCUCUUCACCGUCUACCAUAAAUCUCUCCCGACGUAGAUAUCUGUCAGAAAUCCCAAUCUCGCUUUACACUUGA